GCAGGCGGCCAGCAGGAAUCCUCCCAGGCUCCCCGCGCAGCCCUCCAUCCCCCACCCGCAUUUGGACCGGACCCCCCACCUCGCUGGCCCUCGGGCCCGGGCGCAGGUGCAGGUGCGGCCUCCCCAGCCCUCUCCCACCCGGGCGCGGCCCAUUGCAGCGGCUAUGGCUCGAGGAGACGCCCCGCAGGACAGGUGCAAAGAAGACCGGUCGAACUACAGUUCCCAUCAGCCGACUGCCUCGACUGCCUGAGCGGGGUGAUGGGGCCUGUAGUCCGCUCUCCGGAGGGGCGGCCUGGGAGACCGAGGGCAGGCCGAGACGGGUGCGUCCUCGGGGUGACCUUCUGACUGAUCCCUACAGCUACCACCUGGUCGGGAUCAGCUUCUUUAUCCUGGGGCUGGGCACCCUCCUUCCCUGGAACUUCUUCAUCACUGCCAUCCCGUAUUUCCAGGGGCGGCUGGUGGGGCCCUUCAACAGCACAGCCAGGACUCUGCACACCAACUACACAGAUCCUGAGGACUCCUUCAACUUCAACAACUGGGUGACGCUUCUGUCCCAGCUGCCCCUGCUGCUUUUCACCCUCCUCAACUCCUUUCUGUACCAGUGCAUCCCUGAGGUGGUGCGGAUUCUGGGCAGCCUGCUGGCCAUCCUGCUGCUCUUUGCCCUGACGGCUGCCCUGGUCAAGGUGGACAUGAGCCCCAGGCCCUUUUUCUGCAUCACCCUGGCCUCCGUCUGCCUCAUCAACUCCUUUGGUGCAGUCCUGCAGGGCAGCCUCUUCGGGCAGCUGGGCACCAUGCCCUCUACCUACAGCACGCUCUUCCUCAGUGGCCAGGGCCUGGCUGGAAUCUUCGCCGCCCUUGCCAUGCUCAUGUCCAUGGCUAGCGGCAUGGACGCCCAGACCUCUGCGCUGGGAUACUUCAUCACACCCUGCAUGGGCAUCCUCAUGUCCAUUGUGUGCUACCUGAGCCUGUCCCACCUGAAGUUUGCUCGCUACUACCUGGCCAAGAAACCAUUGCAGGCCCAACCUCAAGAGCUGGAGACCAAAGCUGAACUCCUCCAGUCUGAUGAGAAGAAUGGGAUUCCCCACAGCCCUCAGAAGGUAGCCCUGACUCUGGAUCUUGACUCUGAGAAGGAGCUGGAGCCAGAGCCAGAGCCAGAGCCAGAUGAACCCCAGGUGCUGGGAAAACCUUCAGUCUUCAUUGUCUUCCAGAAGAUCUGGCUGACAGCGCUGUGCCUUGUGUCGGUCUUCACAGUCACCCUGUCUGUCUUCCCUGCCAUCACAGCCAUGGUGACCAGCUCCACCGGUCCUGGGAAGUGGAGCCAGUUCUUCAACCCGGUCUGCUGCUUCCUUCUCUUCAACAUUAUGGACUGGCUGGGGCGGAGCCUGACCUCUUACUUCCUGUGGCCAGACGAGGACAGCCGGCUGCUGCCCCUGCUGGUCUGCCUGCGCUUCCUGUUCGUACCACUCUUCAUGCUGUGUCACAUACCCCAGAGGACCCGUCUGCCCAUCCUCUUCCCACAGGACACCUACUUCAUCACCUUCAUGCUGCUUUUUGCCAUCUCCAAUGGCUACCUGGUGUCUCUGACCAUGUGUCUGGCACCCAAGCAGGUGCUGCAACAUGAGAGGGAGGUAGCCGGCGCCCUCAUGACCUUCUUCCUGGCCCUGGGACUCUCCUGUGGAGCGGCCCUCUCCUUUCUCUUCAAGGCAUUGCUCUGAAGCGGCCCCCUUCAUGGCACCUCCUCCUGGAGCCGGGAUCCAGCCCAGGGGGAACAGGAGUGGGCACAGGCCACUCCUGGGCUAGGCCUCUGGGUCUGGGGGUCCCAGGAGAGGCAACAGUUGCUGUCCAUCCUGGCUGGUGAUCACCUGGGGUGCUGCAAGGACAAAUUCACCACCAGUCACUCUAGCCCUCACCUGGAGCAGCUGGCUCACGUCAGACCUCACUGAAAGGGGAUCAUCAGGGACAAGGGGCACAAGGCCAUGGCCCCCCACCACUAGGAUAGCAUUUGUCAGUUGUCACCAGAGGCUGCCAGGAGGCCUUCCCCAGGGUGUGCUGGAUGUGGCCCCUGACUCAGGCCAGAGUGGGAGGUGGGUGUGCACAGAGGCCUGGGCUCUGAGCCUCAGUGUUUUCAUGCCGAACUGACUGGCCCCCUCCCUGGCGCCUACCUGGGCCUGUGUCCCAGAACUGCAGUUAGCCUGCUUGUGUGCACCGCACUUCACAGUCUACAAGCUCUUCCACACUCACACUCUCACUGAAGCCUCAGUGAGGCUCUUGGAAGGAGCUAGGCAGGGAUUGUGCUGGCCCCGUUAUGCAGGUGAGGAAAUCAAGGCCCGGAGAGAGGACUGGUCCAUCCCUCUCCCUGUGGGUGCUAUUGCUGCCUGCAGCCUGCUUCUCCAUUUGUCAUAGGGCUCAGGGCAGGAGCCCUAAGUACUUACUCCACCUUUUUGCUCAGUUUCUCUGUGACCCUGCCCCUGGGUCUAAUAACAACUCCAUUCAUUCAUAUGAUGUAUGAUGA